CUGCGUUCUUCGUUCCCCCUUUCGUGAACGACACGAUCCGGCUCUCCCGCUCUCUCUCCUCCCCCUCCCCCUCCCUCCGCUCAUUCAUGUAGGAGGCGACGAAUCUUUCCCUCUCCGUCGCGCACUUCGCCAUGGAUUUGCACGAGCUCCACUUCCUAUUCGCCGGCGCAAGGCCUGGCUUCGACCCCUUCAACCUCCCGGCCUUCCCUGCCUCCGCCGCUCCGCUCGGAUCGGAGUACCAGAUGGCGCCUCCGUUCGUUGCGUCCGCCACCGGACCGCCGCCGACGCCGUUUCAAGCUCUUCCUCUGGCGCCUCCGGCGGGAAUGCAGAGCUUCGCAUUGCUCGAGAGUGGGGGGAGCGGCGGCCGGUGGCCGAGGCAGGAGACCCUGACGCUCCUGGAGGUGCGAUCGCGGUUGGACUCCAGAUUCCGGGAAGCCGCCCAGAAGGGCCCCCUUUGGGACGAGGUUUCCAGGAUCAUGGCGGAGGAGCAUGGAUACCAGAGGAGUGGGAAGAAGUGCAGAGAGAAGAUGGAGAACUUGUACAAGUACUACAAGAAGACGAAGGAAGGUAAAGCAGGGCGGCAGGACGGGAAGCACUACAGGUUCUUCCGGCAGCUGGAAGCCCUCUAUGGAAGGGAAGGAGGAGGAACCAAUUGCAGGAACGCCGAUCAAAAUCCUAACUUUUCCGGCACCAAUCGCGUUGUCGACAAGAAUGCCCGUACUUUCCAGCUUCCUUCCAUCCGCUUGUCGAACUGCUCCACCGACGGCGACGGCAGCUCGUCGUCAGAUGGCGACGACGAUGAGGAGGAGGAAGAAGGGGAUGAGCGGGCGGCGGAAGAGUUCAUCGGUGCGCAAAUCAGGCGGUUCGUCGAUGCGCAGGAAUUGUGGAUGAAGCGGAUGCUGCGUGUACUGGAGGAGGCGGAGGCUGCGCAGGUGUCGCGGGAGGAGGAACAGAGGCGGCGGGAGGCGGAGCGGGUCGAUCGCGAGGCGAGGCUGUGGGCAGGCGAGCGGGCAUGGACGGAGACACGCGACGCCGCGAUCAUGAAAGCGCUGGAGAAGAUCAGCCGCCGGCGGAGAUCGACGGCGGAGAGUGAUUGAGGAAGCUGUGGAUGAUCAGCUGGUGCAUGGCAGUGCGCAAGGUGUUCGAUCGAUGUCUUGUUCUCUUGGACAUUAAUGCAAACAAAUGGUGGCUAUAUGGAUAGAUCGGGGUAAGUACGUACGAAAUACUAUGGGUUUGCUAUUUAAUUAGAUAACGAAUAAUUAUAAUUAAUUAAUAAUAAGUUACAUAAAAAUUAGACAAAAAAAUUAUCGAAUGUGCGUGUAUAUGUGACCCUAUUUUUGAUCGUGUUUGGAAAAAUGUUUAAAUUAAUGCUUAUGAUCAAUAAAGCUGUGUACUAUUUUAAAUA